AUGUCUCGGUUUGUAGAAGAAUUAGAAUUUAUGCAGUGCCUGUGCAAUCCGCAAUAUCUUCAGUAUUUAUACCAACAAGGGUAUUUUAACAAACCCGAAUUUAGAGAGUUCCUGUCUUAUUUAAGAUACUGGAAAAGACCAGAAUUUGCAAAAUACUUAUUCUUUCCACAGUGCUUGAAUAUUCUUGACUUACUGAUUGAUUCAAAGGAGUUUGUUGAGUCACUGAAGUAUAAGCAAAUAGUUGAAUUAAUGGCAUCACAGCAAUACUUCCAGUGGAAGAACAGGAGAUAA